GGCAACGACAGCUCUUCCCUACAACAAAAGAAAAUGAGUGAGCCCGUGAAGGAGUUGGACGGAGCCAGCCCAUUGCCACAACAACAGCUGUCCACAAUCAGUGAGCAACUGGAAGCGGCUAAUGGUGUGGGCCAACAACAACAACGACAAGAACAGGAAGAUGUCGCCAAGUCGCUGCCGGAAGCAGCAGACUUCGAGACCGCCAUCGAUGCUGCAGGCUUUGGUUUAUUUAACAUAUUGCUGCUGCUGGUGAGCGUGCCAUCGGCCAUGGCGACUGUCUUCGAGACUUCGACGAUGUCCUACAUAUUGCCCAGUGCCGAGUGCGAUUUGCGUUUAAGUUUGCUGGACAAGGGCAUCCUGAAUGCCAUCACGUAUGCGGGCAUGAUCAGUUCCGCCAUCUUUUGGGGCUAUGUGGCCGACACGAAGGGCCGCAAGAAGCUGCUCAUUUUUGGCUUUGUGGCCGAUACGGUAUGCGUGCUGGGCGGCGCCAUCAGUCAAAACGUGGUCCAACUCAUGGUGUUCAAGUACUUGGGUGGCUUUGUCAUUAGUGGCCCAUUUGCGGUCCUAAUGAGCUACCUGACUGAGCUCCAUGGGCGACAGCACCGCCAACGCGUCAUGAUGGUGGUGGGCAUCAUGUUUUCCAUAGCCACACUCUGUUUGCCCGGCCUGGCGAUGCUGAUACUGCCAGAGCAAUGGAAUAUACAUAUAUGGGGCUUGUCUCUGCACUCUUGGCAGGUGUUUCUGGCCAUCUCGGCUCUGCCAAGCAUUCUAAGCAGCAUACUAUUGAACUUCUUUCCCGAAAGUCCGAAAUUUCUCAUGUCGCAGGGCCGCAACAAGGAGGCUAUGCAAGCCUUUCAACUGAUUUAUGCGCUGAAUCAUCACAAGGCAAGGAGUGCAUAUCCGAUCAAGCUGCUAGUCAAUGAGGUGCCGGAAAAGCGAAGCUCUCUUAAAGCAGACGUUGAGCAUCAGUUGGGCAAAUCGAAGUUAAAUCAGAACGGUUUGGAGGUAAGCGGCCGAGUGGCAGACAAGCCGCAGAGUAGUCUACGGGCCGGACUAGCACAGCUCCGCCCACUCUUCGUCAAGCCCUAUUUGGGCCUCUCAUUAUCGGUGUAUUUACUGAACUUUUGCGUUCUGUUGGGCCAAAAUACAAUGCGCCUCUGGCUGCCACAAUUAUUCGCCUCCAUUACGGAAUAUGAGCAGCUUAUGGUUGGCCAGGCAACAGUUUCAGACUCGAGUAUAUGCAGAAUUUUGGAGUUUAGCGUGAAUCGGACCCAGCAGGCGCUAUUGACGGGCGUUCAGAGCGAUGGCGUUGUUCGCGAGUGCACGGUUAACAUAAGUGCUGCUUCCUAUUCCAAUAAUUUGAUUGUCAGCUUUGUGGGCCUGUUCUCCUACAUGGUGGCCGGCUCGCUGGUCAACCUGGUGGGCGUCAAGCGCAUUUUGAGCUUUGGUUUGUUUAUUGCCGGCUGCUGCGGCAUUGGGAUGUACUGGUCCAGUUCUGCUGCCUCCACGGUAGCCAUUGCCUCGCUUUUCGUAGCUCUGGGUAGUAUAUCGAGCACAUCAGUCAUUAGCGCGUCGGUCAGCUUAUUUCCCACAUCGUUGCGCACCAUGAUUGUGUCGCUGGAAAUGAUGUUUGGACGGCUGGGAUCUUUGCUGGGCAAUAUAUUCUUUCCCACACUCAUGAAUCUAGGCUGCAUACCACCCUUUUUAAUGAUCGGCUUGUUUAUGCUGUCGGCUAGCGUGAUGGCUGCAUUUCUACCACUGAAGAACAAAGCGGCACUGAAAUAGUACAAAAUCUGAAGACAUACACGUAGAUGGAGUUUGCUUAUAUAUAUUUCAGAAAGAAAGACGAAAAAAAAAUAGGAGGAGGAAAACGAAGCAAAUUCCAAAGCCCAUUAGCUGUUAGUUUAACAAUAAUUUAUUCAAAGUUACAGCAUAAGAAACAAAAACAAUUAAAACUGAGCUUUCAU